CUUCACGCGCGACUAUCACCAGCAGGCAGAGGCAACGUAAUAUUGCGACCCUCCGACCAUCCCCAUCUUUUCCUUCUUCUACGACCUAUCAUCUGGCCAGCUCAUCCGUCCAGUCCCGACCGUCAUGGCGAGCUCGUUCGCCACAUACGCAUCCCAGUACCUGAACCGGCGGCAAGCCGGUACUUCUAGUCUCACCUCGUCCCAGCCCUUGUUCUAUUCCUUCUCGUCUGAGGAUGACUCGCGGCAAGGCAGUCCCGUGGAGGCAGAUCUUGACGACCUGGACGACCCGCACCUGGACACGAGCGUUGCAAGCAGAGGUACAGUGAGGAGAGAGGGGACACACACGCUCGGACAUGAGGAGGACGAUGAUCCGUACCUGCGCCUCGAUGAGGAGGACCUUAACGUCUCUCACCAUCAAUCAUACUCAAUACCAUUGCUUGGUGCGUCAGAUCGAGAGGAUGCGAAGGGAUGGUUAGCGCAUGCGUCACCCUUGCGGUCGCCCUCCCCUUCACCUUCUUCAUCCUCAGUGGACUCAGGACGACCUCCAUCUGACAUUCUCAGUGCAUCGUCGCGACCACUUCCGCACGUUGAACCUCCAGAAUCGCCACUAAUACCGCCGCCUCCACGCGCAGAGAUCACGCUCUCGCUAACAGAAUCCCUAUUACCCCGCGACGGCCUCACACGGCCCCUCGACGUAUUCUCCCUCCCAGAUCUUCGAUACAUCCCUCGCGGCCGUCGGAAGUACAACGACUUCGUAUGGACCGCCCUGUGGUGUGCGAGUGUCAGCAUCUGCAUUUUCUUCUCUAUCCUCAUCCUAUUCCUCACUCGCCGACCGACGAAACACCCACAAGUACCACUGCCUUACGUUACAUUACUGCACACAAUUCCAUUGCUCACGAUACUGACGUUUCUAAGUGCCCUUGUUGCCUACUUGCAUGUCUUCCUGCUACGGAUCUUUGUGAAGCCUGUCAUGAUUGUGACAUCCGUCUUCAUCCCUGCCACGCUGUUCAUUUCGGCUAUCUGGGCUUUCGUAGGCAGCUUCAUGUGGGAAGCCGGCACAGAACCUACCUGGGGCGAAACAGUCGGACUGCGGCUGUUUUCCUUGGUUCCGCUGGUGCUCUCUCUGCUGACCGCUCGCAAGCUACUCGAUCUCCCCCGAGACAUUCAUACUGCAUCCUCCCUUCUCACCCUCACCACACGCCUGCUUAUGAUGAAUCCCUUCCUCCUCGCACUCUCCCCUGUGGUCCUACUCGCUGCGCUUCUUGCGUCCAUACCAUUUAUCACGCUCGCGUUCCGCCUCCUCCUUAUCGGGUACUUUGGCCAUCCGCACGGUAGCAACUCUGGGUGGGAAUGGUACGUCCGCGGUUGGGCGAACUGGGCGAUUGCGGGGACAAUCGGGGUUUGGCUAUGGAGCUGGGGCGUCGCGCGCGGAGUGCUCCGUGUGACUUGCGCUGGAGUGAUUGGUGCCUGGUACUUUGCUGACCCCGCACUACCUCCUCCCCCGCCAACCAAUACACACACCAUCCACGCGGCUAUUACGCGCGCGACUCAACCUUCGCUCGGUACUGUGGUCCUAUCUGCGCUCAUCAUAGCAGUGAUCCGCUUCUUGGGGCUACUUGUGGCAGGGCUCCGUGCGCUGCCAUACUAUUUGCCGCCCUACAUGCGCUUGGUGAGCGUGGCGGCAGGAUUCGCGGUGGGUUAUAUGGAGAAUGUGACGGGAAGCCUGAGCAAGUACGCGCUAGUGUACACGGGGUUGACGGGAGACGCAUUCUUCCCCAGUGCACGGCGCUCACGAACGCUGACCGCUGAGGUAGAGAAGUCGUCCGUUGUUGAUUACAGACGCAGGUUCAAGACUGAACCAUCUCUCACUAUCCUGACUUUCGCUCCUUUGACCCUCACGUUCCCUUUCGCUUUGGGGACUUACUUGUUUGUGGCUCACACGCUGAACGCGCCGGAUUCAGCACUGUCUGCAGCGCUGCUCGCAGGCACGAUCACCGCUCUUGUAGGCCUGUUUUGUAUCGGCCUCGUGCGAGAUACUGCGGACACUCUCUAUCUGUGUUACUGUAUAGAUAGGGGUGUUGGAGAACGGCAUCGAGAUGAAGUGUUCGAAGCGUUCGAGUACCAAAGCCGGAGACAACAGCCAACUCAAGCGUCUCGACCGCCUCCGUCCGCACAAGAACCGCAGCGCUUCCGGCAACCCGACCUCCUCGUAACACCACCUGCAGCGCCGCCGCCACCCCGCGCAGAGACGCCAGAUCCGUUCGAGCAGUCGCCUGACCUUGAAGCACAGAGCUACCCGGGGCCAUCUUCGCCCAGCACGUCCGCGCUCACCUCGAAAUCGAGGAUGCCGCUGAGCAGGCGGGAGAGCGUCCUGCCGGAGCCGAUGCUGAGCACGACGCUGCCAUUGCAUGAGGAGAGCGAUGAGGAUGAGGAUGGCGAGGGCGAGGAGUCGCAGCUGUUCCCCGGUUCGGACCUGUUCUGAUGCAAGCUUCCCUUAUUACGUCGCAGCAAGAUGAUGUGGAUGUGGAACCUGUGUAGUGCAAUGUAUUUUGCCCUUGGGCUGCUUCUGUAAGAUGUUUGUCCUGGUCGUACGCAACGCCGGUGGCCUGGCGUUGCUUUUGGUUCCGUUUGGCCAGGACUCGCUGUCCGGGACUCCUGCCACUCACUUACUCACUCGCUCACGCAUCAUGCCAUGCCAUGUAAUUUAAUGUCAUGCAUCUACUAUUUUGAUCACUGCUGUUUUCUCUUGUCGUGUCAUGUAUACAGGUCCUGUUUGAAUGUGAUACUCUAGAAUGCUUACAUGUUGUCCUAUUUAUGCCAUG